AUGGCUGCUCAACGGGCUAGCCGUGCGGCGGCUUCCACUCGUGGGGUUGCAACAGUCUCGGAGGACGCCGUCUCCAUCAACGUCGAAGAACUGAAGAAAAAAGUCGAGCUCAGCGUUAUCGAGUCUGGUAAGGGAUACUACCUUCCUUACGCGAAAAUGGCGGAGAAUUUGCAGAUUGUCAAGGACCGUCUUAAGCGCCCUCUUACAAUGAGUGAGAAGGUCGUCUACGCACAUUUGGAUGACCCCCACGGUCAAGAUAUCGAGCGUGGCGUUUCUUACCUGCGUCUCCGUCCUGACCGUGUCGCAUGCCAAGAUGCCACUGCACAGAUGGCUUUGCUGCAGUUUAUGUCUGCUGGUCUGCCGCAGGUCGCGGUGCCUUCCACUGUCCAUUGCGACCAUCUUAUCGCUGCUAGCACUGGUGGCCCCGGCGACUUGCAGCGUGCCAUAGACGUGAACAAGGAAGUGUACGACUUCCUUGCCACUUGCACUGCCAAGUACGGUCUUGGUUUCUGGAAGCCCGGCUCUGGUAUUAUUCACCAGAUUAUCUUUGAAAACUAUGCGUUCCCCGGUGGUCUUAUGAUUGGUACCGAUUCGCACACGCCCAAUGCCGGUGGUCUUGGUAUGAUUGCGUGUGGCGUUGGUGGUGCUGAUGCCGUCGAUGUUAUGGCCGAUAUCCCCUGGGAGCUCAAGUGCCCCAAGGUGAUUGGUGUGCAGCUUGAGGGCCGUCUCUCUGGCUGGACUACGCCCAAGGAUGUGAUUUUGAAAGUCGCCGGUGAGCUUACCGUCAAAGGUGGUACUGGCGCGAUUGUUGAAUACAAGGGUCCCGGUGUUUCUUCGCUUUCUGCUACUGGUAUGGGUACUAUUUGCAACAUGGGUGCUGAGAUUGGUGCCACCACGUCGGUCUUCCCCUUCAACGACCGUCAAUCCAAGUACCUUGAGGCCACGAACCGCGCUCCGAUUGCGCGUGCUGCCGAAAACUUCCACCGGAAUCUUUUGCCCGACACUGGUGCAGAGUACGACAGGCACUUGGUUGUGAACCUGGACGAGCUUGAGCCUUAUAUCAACGGUCCCUUCACGCCUGAUCUUGCCACCCCUCUGUCCAAGUUCAAGGAUGCGGUUAUUGAGAACGGCUGGCCUCAGGAGCUGCGUGUCGCUCUGAUUGGCUCUUGCACCAACUCUUCCUACGAGGACAUGUCUCGCUCUGCCUCCAUCGCUCAAGAGGCUCUUGACCACGGUCUCAAGUGCAAGUCUGGCUACACUGUUACUCCCGGUUCCGAGCAGAUUCGCGCUACCAUUGAGCGCGAUGGUCAGAUGGAGACGCUCGAGUCUGUUGGUGGCCUUGUGCUCGCCAACGCUUGCGGCCCCUGCAUUGGCCAGUGGAACCGUACUGACGUGAAGAAGGGCGAAAGGAACUCGAUUGUUACUUCGUACAACCGCAACUUUAGCGGCCGUAACGACGCCAACUUCUCGACGCACGCCUUUGUCGCUUCCCCUGAUCUUGUGACUGCAAUGGCGUUUGCCGGCGAUCUUACCUUUAACCCCGUUACCGACACGCUUAAGGGUGCCGACGGCAAGGAAUUCAAAUUUUCUGACCCAAGCGGCCAUGAGCUUCCCGUGCGUGGCUACGACCCUGGUGAGGACACCUUCCAGGCCCCUCCGGCAGAUGGCUCUGGUGUCGAGGUGAUUAUUAAGCCCGAUUCGGACCGUCUUCAGGCUCUUGCUCCGUUCAAGAAGUGGCCCGAUGAGGACCCGGACAACUUGCCCAUUCUGAUCAAGGUUAAAGGCAAGUGCACCACCGACCACAUUUCCGCCGGUGGUCCUUGGCUCAAAUACCGUGGUCACCUACAGAACAUCUCCAACAACUGCUUGAUCGGUGCCACCAAUGUUGCCAAUGACGAGACCAACAAUGUGCAGAACCAAUACACUGGCGAGUGGGGUGCCGUUCCCGCGACGGGUGCCUACUACCGCGACAAUGGCCACCCCUGGGUCGUGAUUGGUGACGACAACUAUGGAGAGGGUUCUUCCCGUGAACACGCUGCGCUUGAGCCGCGCUACCUUGGUGGUCUUGCCAUCAUCACGCGUUCCUUUGCCCGUAUUCACGAAACGAACUGCAAGAAGCAGGGUCUGCUCCCCUUGACCUUUAAGGACCCGAAGGACUAUGAUCUUGUUCGCCCCGACGACUUUGUUGGCCUCGAGGGCGUCACCACCAUUUCUCCAGGUAGCACCGUUACCCUCGUCUGCCACCACAGGGACGGUAAGGUCGACAAGAUUCCCCUGGCGCACUCCUUUAACGAGAACCAGAUCGAAUGGUUCAAGGCCGGCAGUGCGCUCAACCUGAUGGCCUCCCGAGCCGCUGAGAAGCGUGCUGCUGAGGCGAAGGCGUAA